AGCUGAACAAUCGGCCAUUUCGUCGGUGCAGGCCAUCAUCUGUAGAGGGCAGUGGGGAUACGUUGAAUUUACUGGUUCCUUGAGCAGCACAUCGACAAAAUCGCAACAUGAAUGAGACGGCAGUCUCCUUCGCCAAGGACUUCUUGGCCGGUGGCAUCUCCGCCGCCAUCUCCAAAACAGCGGUCGCCCCCAUCGAGAGAGUGAAGCUGCUCCUUCAGGUCCAACAUGCCAGUAAGCAGAUCACUGCAGAUAUGCAGUACAAGGGCAUUAUCGACUGCGUGGUCCGUAUCCCCAAGGAGCAGGGAUUCCUUUCCUUCUGGAGAGGUAACCUUGCCAAUGUCAUCAGAUACUUCCCCACCCAGGCCCUCAACUUCGCCUUCAAGGACAAGUACAAGAAGAUCUUCCUUGAUGGCGUCGACAAGCGCACCCAGUUCUGGAGGUACUUCGCCGGUAACCUGGCCUCCGGCGGUGCUGCUGGAGCCACCUCUCUGUGUUUCGUGUACCCCCUUGACUUCGCCCGUACCCGUCUCGCCGCCGAUGUGGGAAAGGCCGGAGCAGGGAGAGAGUUCAACGGUCUGGGUGACUGCCUGGCAAAGAUCUUCAGGUCUGAUGGUCUCAGGGGCUUGUACCAGGGCUUCAAUGUGUCUGUGCAGGGCAUCAUCAUCUACAGAGCUGCAUACUUCGGCAUCUACGACACCGCUAAGGGUAUGCUCCCAGAUUCCCAGAAAGGCAGCAUAUUGGUGAGCUGGAUGAUUGCUCAGUCUGUGACAGCUGUCGCUGGUCUGACUUCAUACCCCUUCGACACAGUCCGUAGACGUAUGAUGAUGCAGUCUGGACGCAAAGGAGCUGACAUCAUGUACACCGGGACCAUGGACUGCUGGCGCAAGAUCGCACGGGACGAGGGUGGCAAAGCUUUCUUCAAGGGAGCCUUGUCCAACGUGCUCCGAGGCAUGGGCGGCGCCUUUGUGCUGGUUCUGUACGAUGAGCUGAAGAAAGUCAUCUAAAUCCUUCAUGUUGUCACAUCCACUGUUCAAUUCGGCUAAAUGUAAUAACUUACCAUUUCUAUGGACUCAGCGUUCUGCCUUAUUUAUGGGAACAAACUAUAGUGUCUCACCACUAGCUGUGGGCGAUGGCUGUAUGUUGUGCAUCUUUUAUGAUUUUAAACGUUCCGCACCCUCUUUACCAAUGUCAUUCCUGUAAGAACUGAUACCUCCUCCUGUCAUUCACUAGGUUUGUAUGGUCCCAAUUCGAAUAAAUUUAUUCUGGGGAACAAACUGAA